AUGGGUCGUAGGCUAAGGAAAGCUGUUCCUUCUAAGUGUCAAGACAUGGCAUUACCCAGGUGCAAACUGCAGCAGUUCCUCAGACUUUCUGGGUCCUGCCUAACUGGAUUCCUUGUGGAAGCUGGCGUCUGCGCGUUCAACAGGACGGUGUCCAAGGUGGAGGCGUUUCUGGCCAAGGAGGCCAAGGGAACCAAAGUGAUCGGGGCUCGCAGCCUGGAGGAGAUGGUCUCCAAGCUGAAGAGGCCCCGACGCAUCGUCUUGCUGGUGAAAGCGGGAAGCGCCGUGGAUGACUUCAUCGAGAAGCUGGUGCCACUGCUGGAAACCGGAGACAUCAUCAUCGACGGGGGCAAUUCUGAAUACAGGGACACCACGAGGCGCUGUAAGGAACUCCGGGCCAAGGGCAUCCUGUUCGUAGGAAGUGGCGUUAGUGGUGGAGAGGAGGGUGCCAGAUAUGGUCCUUCCCUCAUGCCAGGAGGAGCCAAAGAGGCUUGGCCGCACAUCAAGACAAUAUUUCAAAGCAUUGCUGCUAAAGUGGGAACUGGAGAACCCUGCUGUGACUGGGUGGGAGAUGAAGGCGCCGGGCACUUUGUGAAGAUGGUGCACAAUGGGAUCGAAUAUGGAGACAUGCAGCUGAUUUGUGAGGCCUACCACCUGAUGAAGGAUGUCCUGGGCAUGGAACAUGAUGAAAUGGCAAAGGCAUUUGAGGAAUGGAAUAAGACGGAGCUGGACUCAUUCCUGAUUGAAAUCACAGCCAACAUUCUCAAAUUCAAGAACCCUGACGGCAAACACCUGCUCCCAAAAAUCAGGGACAGUGCAGGGCAAAAAGGCACAGGGAAGUGGACGGCUAUCUCGGCUCUGGAGUACGGAGUCCCUGUCACACUGAUUGGUGAAGCUGUCUUUGCACGGUGCCUGUCUUCUCUCAAGGAUGAGAGGGUACAGGCCAGCAAACUCUUGGAAGGUCCCAAAAUGACUCAGUUCAGUGGGAACAAGAAGGCAUUUCUGGAGGAUAUUCGCAAGGCCCUGUAUGCCUCUAAGAUCAUCUCCUAUGCUCAAGGUUUCAUGCUGCUGAGACAGGCAGCCAAGGAGUUUGGCUGGACAUUAAAUUACGGUGGUAUUGCACUGAUGUGGAGGGGAGGCUGCAUCAUCCGAAGUGUGUUCCUGGGGAAAAUCAAAAAUGCUUUUGACCGAAACCCUGAGCUCCAGAACCUGCUGUUGGAUGACUUCUUUAAGACAGCUGUUGAAAACUGUCAGGAUUCCUGGCGACAUGUAAUCAGCACUGGAGUCCAGAUUGGCAUCCCUAUGCCCUGCUUCACCACAGCACUUUCUUUCUACGAUGGGUACAGGCAUGAAAUGCUCCCAGCUAACUUGAUUCAGGCUCAGCGUGACUACUUUGGUGCUCAUACCUAUGAACUGCUAUCAAAGCCAGGGGAAUUUAUCCAUACUAACUGGACAGGUCAUGGAGGAAAUGUUUCUUCUUCAUCCUAUAAUGUCUAGUAGGAGUGCUCUAGUAGUCCCUGCAGAACACCAAGAUACUGUAGAUCUCAUUCAUUCCUCUUCCUGUGCACUUUGCUGGAGUUUGUCUGGGCGCUUUUUAUAAAAAAAACAAACAAACAAACCCCAACUUGUAGGUGUAUGUCUUAUAAGGGCAACAAAAUAAAUGUACUUGUAAAUGUA